GGCAGGGUAAGAAAGAGAGUUGGGAGAGUGACAGCUUGAGAAAAUCAAAGAUCGCAAACCAGGUAACAUCUUUGCAUGCUGUUUGGACGUUCUUUAAUUGAUCAACUCCUUGACAGAGAGGACAAUGGCCGAGGGGACUUGAAAUGGAAAACGUCCAACUUGACAACCAUACGCUAAUAGUUUGACGCCAUGCCUCCAAGUUCGACGCUGACAUCAAGCCCUGACCAGUACGGGUUCCGAUACUGGUGCAGCUUCUGCAGCAAGUCCUUUGCCAAAGGGAAGAGGUUUUACGCUCACCAUGGGGUUCUCAAUGGGAAUGGGCCCAAAUAUGGCCUGUUUUGUACCGUGAAGAUCUUUCGUUACAAAAGAGGAUCGGAACGACUGUGUGACGUUGAAAUACAAAAGUCACGAAAAGUUCAGGAACUGUGCCAAAGCUUUGGCAUUGAAAAUGGCAUGAAGAAGAUACAAUUUGUAUCUCUUGUUAAAGCUCAUAUGGACGAAAUAUGGACGCCCAUUUUCCCGUGUUCCUCUUCUUGGAAUAGACCGUUGUUCCGCGACGAGUGGGUCCUCAUUGAAGACUUUCUUGGCAAGAGGUUUCAAUGGUUCGUUGGUUCAGAUGGCUCCCUCCCAAAGCUGUCCCGAACAAGACAGACACUGAAUGCCUUUGUCCACUAUUCCUUCCAUUGCACUUCAGGUUCUCUUGUGGUCUGUGGGCUGCAGGGAAGCGUCACAGAAGGUUGUUACAUGCUUAAAACACCCACCAUCCACUCCGUGAGCGAAUCGUAUGGAGAUACCGAUAAAGGCAUACGGGGGAUAGAAGAGGUGUUUCACCACCACAAGUGUAAUUAUAUAUGUAAGGACUUUAUCAUUCCGGAAUACAAUAGGGCAGAUGCUGUAGGUUCUUGUGAUGACGUUACCAGUGAAGGUGCUUCAGAGGAAUGCUUGGUCGGGAUUGAUUCAUCGUGCGACUCGCUCCUCAUGCCGAGCAGACCAAUCUCAGCAGCGCCCCCUCCUUACAUGGAUGUUUUCAACAAUUGAGAAAUAUGUGACUGAAAAAAAGAUUGUUUAAUUAGGCCGUUUUAAUGGUAUGUGUUUCUCAUUUCUCGCCGGAUCCAAAUUACUGUCCUGCUAUAAAAUAACAAAAGUUUCUAUUUCACGCUAUUCGCAUACUUGAAUAUAAAUUUAUAUGAUGAAUCUUAUACAGUAAACUACGGUUAUAGCGAACACGCUUAUAACGAACUGACGGAUAUAACGAACUUACUUAUUUGGUCCCGACUAUUUGCUGUAGUUGUUCUGUAUAUAUGCUUAUAACGAACUACGGUUAUAACGAACUAAAAUUAGUAGUCCCCAUGAGUUCGUUAUAACCGUAGUUUACUGUAAAUAUCAAUGAUAUGAACGCGUUUCCCCUUUCGAUCAAAUAAUCUUCGCUGCACUUUAUCAUACAGAUAUUCGAGGGCUGUAACUGAUCAUUGGUUUGGUUUAAUCUUUUUUAUCUUCCUUUUUAACGGUUCAAGCACUCCACACCGAUACAACAAAAGAAUACAGUACAAUAACAAUCGAAUUGUGAAUAUAUUUGUAUCAAACGGUAAACUCAUCAACAAAGGUCAUUUAAAAAGACAUUCAUUCGCCCGCCCGUUCAAUCUGAAGCUGGGAAUGGAGAUGAGAAACACAAACUAAUAACAAUGGCCUUAUAAACAAGUGGAGAAUUACUGUGAAUGAACGGAUGUCACACACGUGAUACAGGACAGUAUUAACUUAAAGCAUUAACAAGCCAUAUCCCGACGGUUUUCAAGCACACUGUCUAUAAGAUGUCUUACCUUCCGACUAGUUCUUGUACACAAUUAAACAUAAUGAAGAAACCUU